CUCUGUGGAACUAACUGAACUAAUUGUUUAUCAUAAUAACGAAUAAUAAUAUUGGUAUUAUAAAUGCGGUUUUCAAAGAUUUAUUUUCAAUUUUUUUCUUAAAAAUGUAAUAUGAUGCCUCCCGGUCAUAAUGGCGAUUGUUCGUAGGAUUUUUUAUAAGUAUGCAAAGUGUUUGGGGUUAAUUGUUUUAAUAACGUUUUUUGCUCAAUUAUUUAUUUCAAUAAGUUUCUUUCCUUCUGUUCAUGACAAUUUACUUAAGAGGCAAGGAUAUACAUCAAUACUUAGAAAUGAAUUAGGUGAUGUUUCCGCUAGAAAACUUGGACCUAAUAUUGAAGACGACGAGGACUUAUCAUCAAGAAAUCGUAAUAAAGCUAUACCGCAACUGAGAUUAGAAGAAUUAGAUUUUACACCAAAUUGUGAAGUAAGAAGUCGAGAAGCCAUAUCAGCUAUUCAUCGUGCCAAAACUCAAAUAUGUAAACAAGAAAUUGUUAAUAAAACUUGUCUUAUACAGAAUGAACAAUUUUAUCCAACAAAUUUACCAAAUCACUGUACUUCGAAAGAAAAGACUUAUGGACAUCAUCUAGGAUGUUACUUAGAUGAAAAGAAACUGCGAUUACUAACAAGUUUUUACGGUAACUAUGCAAAUACAAACUCUCCAAAAUUUUGUUUGGAUAUUUGUGUUCAAGCAGGAUUCCCGUAUGCAGGAGUUCAAUACGCGUCAGAAUGUUUUUGUGGUGAAAAUGUGCCACCAGAAUCUUCUAAAACCUCUGAUGGCUCAUGUGAUAUGAAGUGUCCUGGUGAUUCAACAAAAGCAUGUGGUGGAUAUUUCACUAUGAAUGUAUAUGAGACGGGCCUGGACAAGUUUUUUCCACAAAUGCCUAUAAAUCCGCAUAAUGUAGUCUCUAAAGUUCAGAUUGUAUUCCUUUUAACACUAAAUGGAAGAGCACUCCGUCAAGUAUAUAGGUUAAUAAACGCUCUCUAUAGAACUAACCAUUACUUCUAUAUUCAUGUUGAUAGAAGGCAAGAUUACUUACAUCGAAAAUUAUCAAAGUUGGAGAAAGAAUUUUCAAAUAUAAAGUUAGCAACAAAAAGAUACUCGACAAUAUGGGGAGGUGCAUCUCUUCUGAGAAUGUUGCUCACAUCCAUGAGGGAUAUAUCGCAGCUAGGUUGGAAAUGGGACUAUGUUAUAAACUUAAGUGAAAGUGAUUUUCCUAUAAAAUCAUUAGAAGAACUUGAAGUAUUUCUGACUGUAAAUAAAGGUUUUAAUUUCGUAAAAUCUCACGGAAGAGAGGUUCAGAGAUUUAUUAAGAAACAAGGCCUUGAUAAAACUUUUAUUGAAUGUGAAACACACAUGUGGAGAGUUGGCGAACGAAAAUUACCUCAGGGUAUAAUUGUAGACGGAGGCAGUGAUUGGGUAGCUUUAUCCCCUGAGUUUGUAUCAUACAUUACUGGGGAGCCUGAUGAACUACUUACUGGCUUGGAUGUGAUAUUUAAACAUACUUUACUGCCUGCUGAGUCUUAUUUUCACACUGUGUUACGUAAUUCACAUUUUUGUAAUACAUAUGUAGAUAACAAUUUACAUGUUACAAAUUGGAAAAGAAAACUAGGUUGUAAAUGUCAAUACAAACAUGUUGUGGAUUGGUGUGGAUGUUCUCCAAAUGAUUUUAAAACUGAAGACUGGCCAAGAUUACAAAAUACCCAAUCAAGGCAGCUAUAUUUUGCAAGAAAAUUUGAACCCAUAAUAAAUCAAGAAAUAAUUACUAGAGUAGAACAAUAUAUAGGUUAUACUGAUCAUUAUUUAAUUAAUAAUUUAGAUGCAUACUGGCAAAAUCUUUAUGAUAUUGAUGAUUUAACAGCUCCCACAGAUGAUACUAUUCUCACUCACGCUGGCAGUAUUGUUCGUUUGAAUGCUAAAGUAUUAAGUGCAGAGGACUGUCAUAUUCGAGUGGGUGAAAUUCUAGAAGUGAAUGUUUAUAAAUAUGCUGAUGUGUACAAAGGGAACUUGAUAUUACACAAAGCAAUAAUAAAUAAUAAAGAAGUAUUUUUAGAAACUUGGUAUAAGCCAAAGCAUCAUUUAAAUUUAAAUUUUGAGAAUCGAAAUGUUGACUUUAUAAAAAAAUUUAAAGUUAAUUCAGAGUAUGAUCAAAAAGAAAUGACUUUUAGAAACUUAGGUAAUAUUUUGGGACCUUUGUCAGAACCUUUGUUACUGUACGAAUUUACUGCAAAUGUUGAUAAAUAUACUGGAAACUUUACAACAAUUUGGUUAGAUCCAACUGGUAUGGUGGCAGACGUAAAUAUUAUUCAAAGAGAUGAGAAUAACCUUACUAAUUUUAUUAAACCUAAUGUAAAACAACCAUUACUGCCGGGUAUUUGGAGAGUGGGUUUAUUUGAUCAAUCAAAUUUAAUUGCACAAACAAAAUUCUUAAUAACACCGUUUGAAUACUUUUCUGGGAAAGAAUUAACUCAUCAAGAGGCUAGUUUAGUCCAUAGUGGUUCACAAAACUCAUACAAAAAUUUUACAUAUAUAAAAUCGGUUCAUUUUUUACCUGAUCAAGACGAAAAGAAUUUGUUAUCCAAAAUAUCCAAUGCUAAUAUCAAGAGAAUUAAUGAUGACUUAUUAGAAUGGAUAGAUAGUUUAAAUUUAGAGUUUUAUAAUGUGUUAGGUUCUUGUAUAAUACAUCAGGACACCAAUAUUGAUAAACAUGUUUCAUGUGGUAAUUACAAAUUUCAGCAAUGCUUGUUAUCAGAUUGGAGUUCUUAUUAUCCUGAUCCAAAGGGCUCUAUUGGAAAAACAGAUAAAAAAUCAGGUCGUUUAAAAAGAAUUUGAUAUUGUAUGCAAAGUACUAAUUUUUAUAAUAAUAAAAUAAAAAUGAAACCAAUGACAAAUAAAAAUA